AUGAGUUUUGUUCCUUUUGUCAAUAUUAUUUCCACCGGCUCUAUUGCUUCAUCUAACAAUAUUCCCUUUAAUCUUAAUGAUAAAUCAAGUUUUAUUCAAAAGUCUAUUAAUAUUUUCGAUAGUUUAUCAAAUAAUUAUAAAUCACCUUUAACAAGAGUAAAUCAAUUAGACGCAACAUUAUUAGAUCAAGAAAUAUUCAACUCUUUAUUUGAAAAGACUUUAUCGAUAUUCAAUAAUAAUUUUUAUCCAGUUUUAAAAUUAAAUUACUCAAAUGAACUUAAGCUAUUUUUGAAAUCAAUAUUAUUUAAAUUCACGAUUUGGGAUAAUUCAACAACUUAUGGAUUUUUUUUGCAAAACUUAAAAUUGAUUGUCAAUAAUAGCAAAGAAAAUAAGAAUCUUCAAAAAACUACUCAAAAUAGUAGAAAAUUAACAAAAAAAAUCAAAAUUUUAUACUAUAUAUUUUUUAUUCUUUUUGAGUAUCUUCAUGAAAAAAUAGAGUUUUAUAUGUAUUCAAUGGAUGAUGAUGAGGAUGAGGAUGGGGAUGGGGAUGGGGAUGAAGAUUAUUACCAUGAAAAUCAUGAGACUGAAAAUGUUGACGAUUAUGAAUUUGAUAGCAAUAAAAAUAGAAAGAGAAAACAAUCUUUAUUUAAGAAUAUAAUCAAAAAACUUUUAAGAUUUUUUAAACCAAUCUUCAUGGUUUUCACUAAUUUUUACAAGAUUUUGAAUUUAUUCAUUUUUUGCAAAUUUUUAAUUGAUGGGAAAUUUCAAUCUUUAAAUUAUUAUUUAUUAAAUAUUUCCACAAAUAUAAAUUCAAUUGAAUUUGAUAAGAAAAAUAAAGGUAAUGUAUCAUUUGAAUAUCAAAAUAGACAAUUAAUUUGGAAUACAUUUAUAGAAUUUUUGAUAUUUUUUUUGCCAAUAAUUCAGAAAAAUAACAAUUCCAAGAAUAAAAUUCUUAAAAAUUUAAGAAAACAAAAUAAAAUUUUCUUUAAAAAUUCAAAAAUUGGAAAAUUCAUUUCUAAAAAUUAUUUAAAUCAAGGUAAUUAUGAUGGUGGUCAUAGUGAAUCUAGAAAUUUAAAAAAAUUGACAAAUAUUCAAUUGUUUAAUCAUUUAAACCAAUCUCAAUGUGCUAUCUGUUAUCAAAAUACAAAUAAUUUUAAUAAUUUAAAUUCUUCCAAUUCUAAUACAAAUUCAUUAAUUGGCAAUGAUGGUAAUGUAAAUUUGAUCACAAAUCCCUAUAUUACAAACUGUGGUCAUAUUUAUUGUUACAUGUGUUUAUUGACAAAAUUGGAAAGAUUUCAAUCUGAUGAAAGAAAUUUGGAUAAUUUGAAAAAAAUCCAUGAUCACAGUCAUGUUAUAAGCCACAACACUGAUGAUGAUGAUGAUGAUGAUUACGAUGACGACAAUGAUGAACGAUGGAGAUGUUUAAGAUGCUACAAACAAGUUCUUUGGUGCAAACCCUACGAAGAUAUAAAUCCUGAUGCAAUAAUCGGGAUUAAUCUUGAUGAUUUAGUUGAAAUCGAGCAGCCUAAAGAGGAACCUCAUGAUGAUCCUGGGUCUUAUUCUGAGUUUUCAGAUCAUGAUUCCGAAAGUGAUGAAGUCGACAACCACACCCACAACGACAUUGAAAACGAUUCUGAUGACGAGUCGUUUGACCAGAUUCCCAGAGGACGAUCUUUGUCUGAUUCUGAGACAGAAAACAAUAACGAAACUGGAGAUCACAGCGACAACACAAGCUCUGGCGACGAAGAGGAUUAUGGAUACAGCGACAGCGACAAUGGUGAUGGUGGGAACAGUGGCUUCUUCUCUGACGACGAGAGCCAUGGCUUCUUACAACGAAACCUCACCAACGAGGACGAGUUGAUGGAGUAUGAAGAGGAUUUCGAUCAGGACGAGUUGCAGCUAUAA